AUGCGUAUUUCAUCAGUGAACAAUUGUAAAAGUGACUUAUCCGAGUAUGCUGCAUCGAUGAUUUCUCCAAAAGACAAUAAUCGCAAAAAUAUUAUUAAUAUUUAUUAUUAUUUUAAUAAUACUAAUAACAGUAUGGAGGAAAGUAACACCGAUAAAUUCAUAUCGAGAAGACGCUCGGUUACAUUGAAGCCUCUUAAGGUUAAAGACGAGAGAGUUGCUACUUUGAAAAAGGUAUCCGCAAUUCUAAAUAAAUCUGAAGUGAAUAGAACACCAGAAGAACUUGAACUAUUGUCUUCCUGUGGUGAUAUUGUCAAGGAAGUUAAUUUAAGACAAAAAAAAAGAGAUAAAGUAAAAGCAAGAUUAGAAGAAGUGGAAGACCCACCGGACCACUUAGAAGAAAAAUGUAUGAGAUUAGCAGCAGCAAUCAGCAGAGCAACAACCCUGACAGUCUACACAGGCGCUGGAAUAAGUACAGCCGCCUCAAUUCCCGACUACCGAGGCACAAAUGGCGUCUGGACGCGAAUGCAACAGGGUAAAGAUAUCGGGAACCAUGAUCUCAGCCAAGCGGAGCCGACAGUCACUCACAUGGCUCUGUAUGCCCUCUACAAAGCGAAUAUCCUCAAAUACAUAGUCUCACAAAAUUGCGACGGGCUACAUCUACGCAGCGGAAUCCCACGAAGCUCAUUAUCCGAGGUUCAUGGGAACAUGUACGUAGAGGUAUGUCGUAACUGCAAGCCGUCACGAGAGUACUGGCGACUGUUCGACGUGACGGAAAAAACCGCGAGGUAUUCACACGGGACCGGGAGAAUGUGUCACAAAUGCAGCUCGGUGCUUCAAGAUUCGAUAGUGCAUUUCGGGGAAAGAGGCAAUUUACCUUUUCCGAUAAACUGGAAUGGUGCUAGUCGGGCAUCGAAACAAGCCGACGUAAUUCUCUGUUUGGGUUCAAGUUUAAAAGUACUGAAGAAGUACCCGUGGUUGUGGCAAAUGGACAGGCCAGUGCACAAACGCGGCUCACUGUACAUUGUAAAUCUUCAAUGGACUCCUAAAGACGAGAGUGCUACGCUUAAAAUAAACGGACGUUGUGACGAUGUAAUGACGAGAGUUAUGAACCACUUAGGAUUAGAAAUUCCACAAUACAAUAGGUCAAAAGAUCCAAUCUUUUACCACGCGAUAAGACUGCAGCCCAGUGAGCUUACCACGACUACUCAGCCGUGCUUAGAGGAGCCUCCAGUAGCUUUAAGUUGUAGAGAUAAGUUGAAAUUAAAUUCUCUGAGUGAAGAAGUUGACGAAAAUUUGGAUGUUACUGACAAUUUGGAUGAGAUUAAAAUAAAACAAGAAGAUGAAACAAUACCAAAAACGGAAGAAGACUGCACAACCCCUUCCCCUAUUGAGCUCGCCGAACAAUUAACCGCCUACUCGGCUCCAUUUUUCACAGCACUACCAUUCCUUUCUAUGGGCUUGCCAUUUCCUCCCAUGUUUUUUUACCCGCAAAUGACCCCCUUGCUGUACUAUCCUUUGAUACAGUCGCCCGCGAUCAAGCAGGACAGGAGUUUGAUUAAGGAGCCUGAUCCCAAACCUGCCUGUGGGUUUUGUAUGGAGAAUGAAGGCUCGCCUGUUUGUUUGUACUAUCAGCUUGAUGCUGAUCAAACUGACCAAGCUAGUGAGGUUGUUGGUAUAGAGGCUGGUAUAGAGGCUGAAAAUGAAGGCAAUAUUGAAGCUACUGAGGUUGAAGAUGAGACUGCUUCUACUCCCACGGCUACUGCCAAGAACCCAGGGUGGUUCGGUAAAGGAUACCGCAAGGGAUUUCGCAAGAAGCGGUAG